AUGCCUCCACCCCCGAAAUCCGUCAGUAGCGGUGAACCGUCACCCCCGAGUGCCGACCACGCCGACUCUCCAGAAUCCAUCGAGGCCGAUCUCGACGCCUCGGAUUCCGUCGAAGGGUACGAGUCGGACUCGGACUCUGCCGCCUCCACGUCGCUGGCCUCGAGCGUGCGCGACUACGUCUUCGAGAACAACCGCCGAUAUCACAAGUUCAAGGAGGGCCGGUACCUCAUCCCCAACGAUGACAUCGAGCAGGAGCGCGAGGACAUGAAGCACACCAUGUGCCUGCAUGUCGCCAACAACAACCUGCACUUUGCCCCCCUCGACCACCCUCAGAUGAUCCUCGACCUCGGAACCGGUACUGGGAUAUGGGCAAUCGACAUGGGGGACGAAUACCCAAGCGCAGAGAUCAUCGGCGUCGACCUCAGCCCCAUCCAACCGUCAUUCGUGCCGCCCAACGUCAAGUUUUACGUCGACGACGUCGAAUCGGAAUGGAUCGACAAACCAGAGUCGGUUGACUUCAUUCACGCCCGACAUAUGGCCCCAGCCAUCAAGAAUUGGCCUGAGCUGCUUCAGCAGGCAUACAGAACAUUGCGGCCUGGCGCUUGGAUUGAGCUACAGGAUCUCAGGUUGAAACCUUCGUGCGACGACGGAACGAUGCCCGACGACUACUUGGUGGCCGACUUUAUGAGCAACCUCGCCAAGGGCUUCAGCUGCUUCGGAGUUGAUCUUCUCGGCAUGGAGAGGAACCAACAACUUCUCAUCGACGCUGGAUUCGUCAAUGUAGAGGAGAAGAUCUUCAAGGUACCCAUUGGCGCGUGGGCCAGGGACCAAAAGUGGAAGACCAUUGGCAUGUACAACCGCUCAGUGAUCGCAGAUGCCCUGCAAGGCGUUGCCAUGGGUCCGUACUCGCGUGGUUUGAAGUGGACACCUGAAGAGAUCGAGAAGUACUUGAUAGGUGUGCGGAGGUCGUUGGCCAACACAUCGAUACAUUCCUACUACACAUUUCACGUUGUCUACGGCCAGAAGCCUACGACAGGAUGA